AUGGACCGAAGAGAUGCGACGCUCCUUGGUUCCCUGCUGUUGUGUAUCAUCACUCAGCUUUGCGGGGGCCCGUGUCACAACUGCCCCUGGCCCGCACCACGCUGCCCUCUGGGGGUGUCCACGGUGCUGGAUGGGUGCCGCUGCUGCCAGGUGUGCGCCAGACAGGAGGGCGAAGACUGCACGGAGAGGUUUGUGUGUGACAGCCAGCAGGGCCUGCAGUGUGACUACAGCGCCAGCUACCCCGGUGGUCCUGGAGAGUGUGUCAGCCAGAACAUGCUGGGAUGUGAACUGAACGGCAUGCGCUUCGAGGAGGGCCAGACAUUCCAGCAGUCGUGUGCACAGCUGUGCCACUGCCUGGGUGGCGGGGUGACCUGUGUGCCACUGUGCAGCGAUGACCUACAGGUUCCUGCCGCAGCCAACUGCCCCAACCCUCAGCUAGUGCGCCAGCCUGGGAGGUGCUGCAGGGAGUGGGUCUGUGAAAGCCUGGACAACAACAUUUACCCAGACACUAUGGCUGCAGGAAUGCCUCACACCCUUGCAAGCAACUCUUCUUCAACCCUGCUCGCCUCGCAUGGACAAAUUCCACAACGCCUCCCAACUGCAUACUUGGAGAAACCACCAGAGAGGGAGAGGGUGCGUCACGGGUUUCGUGGUGAUGGUGGUGGAGCUCAGUCUCAGGGCCAGGGCCUGAACUCCAACUGCAUUGAGCAGAUCACAGACUGGAGCCCCUGCUCCAGCAGCUGUGGCCCAGGUGUCUCCACCCGCAGCUCAAACAAGAACUGGGCCUGCCGCCUGCAGACCCAAACCAGACUGUGUCAAGUCAGGCCAUGCCAGGCCACUGCCGUGCCUCGCAGCAGGUCGCAUGUGGGAACUGGUGCCUGCGAUAGUAGCUUCAGGUCUCCCGUGCCCAUUCAUCUGGAGCACCAGGGCUGUUUGAGCACGUGGGCCUACAGGUUCCGGUUCUGUGGCCUGCAGUGUCUGGAAGGCCGCUGCUGCAGCCCCUACCACACCAGGACUGUCAACAUGGCCUUCCGCUGCCCCCAGGGCAGGAUGAUCCACCAGCAGGUGAUGAUGAUUGAGUCCUGCUCCUGCCACCACUACAAUUGUCCCCAGUCCCCAUUCACAGCCUACAGGAGAGCCAUUCCCUGGCUUUAG